CAAUCCGCAGCCCGCUCAGGACUCUGCUCAACAUCGCUCAUGGGCUAUGGCUCAUGCCACACCCACAGUCUGAGCCUGUUGCCACUGUCGCUACUAGGCUUAUCUGUUCUGUGCACGUUAUGCAGUCGCCUUGAAGCAUUGGACCCCUCAGUUAGCGUUCGGACACUGGCGAAAGUUGCUCUCGAGGGAAGCCUUUUGAUCAGCAAAAUCAAGGAGUGUGGCAUCAGUCUAUAACAGCAGGAAUGCCAGUCAGAACUUACCUCAAUCCCCCACCUCCAGCCAAUUCAAAUCAACCUGGAGUGGCACAGUCUUUGCUGUACAAUGGUUCAAGAUUCCAGGGUCACCAAAAGUCCAAAGGCAACUGCUAUGAUGUGGAAGUGGUUUUACAGCAUGUUGAUGAAGAGAAUUCUUACCUGUGUGGUUAUUUGAAGAUCAAGGAUCUGACAGAAGAAUAUCCAACAUUGACAACAUUUUUUGAUGGUGAAAUCAUCAGCAAGAAGUACCCCUUCCUCACUAGAAAAUGGGAAGCUGAUGAAGAGGUUGACAGGAAGCAUUGGAGGAAGUUCAAGGUGUGGGAAGACCAUUACAAGAAUACCUUCAAUGCAGACUCCUUUGACUAUGAUGCCUUGAAGGAGACAGAUCACAUCUUUAUGAGGUGGAAAGAGCAUUUUUUAGUCCCUGACCAUACUAUCAGAGACAUCACAGGAGCCUCUUUCGCUGGUUUUUAUUACAUUUGCUUCACAAAGUCCACUGCAAGCAUCGAGGGCUAUUAUUAUCACCGCAGCUCUGAAUGGUGA